GCAGCGGCCGGAGCGGCCCGAGCAGGGAAGAUGGCGGCGGCGGCGGGUGCGGGGGCCGGGCCGGGGCCCGGGCCCGGUGCGGGUUCCUCGGCCGGUGCCGGCGCUUCGAACCCGCGGAAGUUUAGCGAGAAAAUCGCGUUGCAGAAACAGCGGCAGGCGGAGGAGACGGCAGCCUUCGAGGAGGUGAUGAUGGAGAUCUGCUCCACCCGGCUGCAGGCACAGAAGCUGAGGCUGGCUCACAGCCGGGGGCCCUACUACAGUGGCUCUCUGCCCAACGUCAACCAGAUCGGCAGCGGCGUCUCCGACUUCCAGGGCCCCCUGCACUCGCCGCUGGACUCGGCACGCAGCACUCGGCACCACGGCCUGGUGGAGAGGGUGCAGAGGGACCCGCGCCGGAUGGUGUCCCCUUUACGCCGCUACAUGCGCCAGAUCGACAGCUCUCCCUACGGACCCACCUACCUGUCACCUCCACCCGAGCACAGCUGGAGGAGGACCAUGCCCUGGGGGAACUUCCCCAUGGAGAAGGGACAUUUGUUCCGGCUGCCCUCGGCCCUCAACAGAACAAACUCGGACUCAGCCCUGCACACCAGCGUCAUGAACCCCACCCCCCAGGAUGCCUACCUGGGCCCCACACAGGGCGUCUCAGGCCCUGGCCGCCGCAGCGGUUUCCUGGAUGGGGAUGUGGACAACAAAGUGUUUCCUUUCCAAGUGCCUCCCAUUGAAGAGACUUUCGAUGACAGCAAACACUCUCUGAAGCCCUGGGACACCAAGAAGCUCUCCUCUUCCUCCGCCCGUCCACGCUCCUGUGAAGUCCCUGGGAUCCACGUAUUUCCAUCCCCAGACCAGCCUGCCAACAUCCCUCUCAUGCCCUCGGCCCUGAACACUGGUGGCUCCCUUCCUGACCUCACCAACCUGCACUUCCCCUCCCCGCUGCCCACACCCCUCGACCCGGACGAAACCUCUUACCCCAGUCUGAGUGGGGGCAACAGCACCAGCAACCUGGCCAACACCAUGACCCACCUGGGCAUCAGUGGUGGCAUGGGCCUGGGCCCCAGCUAUGACUCGCCAGGACUUACCUCACCUAUGCAGAGCUCCCUGAGUAACCCUUCCCUGCAGUCCUCGCUUAGCAACCCCAACCUGCAGGCCUCCUUGCGCAGCCCCUCCCUCCAGUCCUCCCUCAGCAACCCCUCGCUCCAGUCCUCCCAGAGCAGUUCCUCCAUCCCUUCCUCACUCUCCAACCAGUCCCUGCCUUCCUCUCUCUCGUCCUCGCUCAGCAACCCCUCCCUGCCCACGUCCCCCCGCAGCCAGCCCAUCCAGUCCUCCCCCAGCAACCCCAGCCUGCCCUCCGGCUUGAGCGGCUCCUCCUACCCCCCCAUGGUGCAGGCCUCCAUAACCACCUCGCCCCGCCGACGGGUCCCGCUCAGCCCCCUCACCCUCCCAAUGGGUGGCGACUCCAGAAGGCAGCACCCCAAACAGUUCUCACCAACAAUGUCACCCACAUUGUCCUCCAUCACCCAGGGGGUACCCCUGGACACCAGCAAGCUGCCAGCCGACCAGCGGCUCCCACCCUACUCCUACGGCCAGCCUGGGCUGCUGCUGCCAGCCCAGCAGGGCCAGAAAGCCCUGCACCAGUCUCCGCCUCAGCCACCACUGCCCUCUGCCCCGCCAGCGAGGCUCCCGGCGCCCCUGGUGCCACCGAGCACCGCCCCGCAGCGCCCCUAUGCCCACCACUACCAGCAGCAGCCGCAUGACCCCUCCCUGCAGCAGCAGCUGGCACAGCAGCCCCUGGGCGACUUCAGCCUGGGCAGUUUUGACCAGUUUGGGAUGGGGGAGAGCCCCACUGGCAACAGCAGCAGCUUCCCUGAGGAGCUGGCACCCCUGAGCUACCCCCAGCCCGAGGGCAGCUACGACCCCCACGUCCUGAACCGGCAAAACCUCAGCAACUGCGGCCGCCACGGCCCCAUCCCCAACAUCAUUCUGACAGGAGACUCCCCUCCCGGUAUCUCCAAGGAGAUCGCCACGGCGCUCGCCGGCGUUCCGGGCUUCGAGGUGGAGGCGGCGAGCCUGGGGCUGGAGGAGGAGCUGCGCAUCGAGCCGCUGACGCUGGACGGCCUGAACAUGCUGAGCGACCCCUACGCGCUGCUCACCGACCCUGCCGUCGAGGACUCCUUCCGCACCGACCGCCUCCAGUGAGGGGCCCGCACUUGGCAACGGAGGGGCUGCGCCGCCGGCACCCCCUCGCACUCGUGGACUCUCAUCUGCCCCACCCCGGCUCUCCCUCCCCCCGCCUUCCCCAGCCUCUCCGCCCCGCUUUGUCACUUUUCUUCCAGUCAGACGGUGGGGGCCUCCCGGAGGGUGAGGCCGGGGGAUGCUGGAGCCGGUGGGAAUUUGGGGGGGGCACACCCAGACAUGAGCCAGGAGCUCUUGAACCACCUCCCCACUUCCCAAACCCUGGCGGAGAGGGGGCUCCCACCCCCAGGGGUGACUGUACAUAGCCCUGUAGGUAGAGACCCCCUGGGGGGUGCAGGGGAGGGCCUGCUUCUGUUUCUAUUUCUGGGGCUAAUCACCAUGUUUAAGGAGAAAUCCUGCUCCCCCCCUCCAGUUGCACCCCGUAUGUACCCCCCCAGCCCUCCAAACCACACCCAGCUGCUGGGGACCCCGUGGGCCGUGUAGAAAGCACUUGUAACUUUGCCCCCCCUGCUCUCUCCCCAAAGCCCUCCAAAGGGGAGCGUGGGGGCCCUGUCCGCAGGCGGGGGGGGACCUGGGGCCCCAGGACCUGCGCUCCUCCCCCCCCCUCAGAGUGAUUUAUUAUUAUUAUUAUUUUUUAAAAUAUAUUCUAUGUUAAUUAAA